GGUCAGACCGGCCGACCGCUUCCUGCCUGGCUCCUGCUCCCCACCGGAGCCCCUCGGGGGGGGGGGGAUGACCCCGGAGCCAUGGGGGAGGGGGGGAGCUUGUGGACACCCCUUAGCCCCCCCGGAGCCUUUGAGUUUCCUCCGCCCAAGGGCUGGAGCUGGGGGGACGGGGACAUGGGGGUCCCCCGCGCCGGGAGCGGGAUGGGAGCCAACGCCCUGGGGCUGUGGCCGGAUCCAGGCUGAGUCAGCCCGCCGGGACGAGCCGGGGCCGGUUGGCAGGUGGGGCCGCCGGGGCCCCGCUCCCGCCGCCGCCGGAGCCUGCCGGGAUCGCAAGGAGCCGCCUGGGAGGAGACGGGCGCUGCUCUCUACCGGCCCUGCGGAUGCGGUGGGAGAAUACGAGGCCUCCGUGCCCAGCAGAGCGGCUGCCCCGGCCUCCUGGUCCCCCAGCGUUGUCCCCAGGCCCGGGCAUCCAGCCCUGAGCCAUGGCACUGCUCACCCACCUCCUGGCCUGUGCCUUUGGCAUGGGCUCCUGGGUGGCCAUCAACGGGCUGUGGGUUGAGCUGCCAGUGCUGGUGACAGUGCUGCCAGAGCAGUGGGACCUGCCCUCCUACAUCACCAUCAUCAUCCAGAUGGCCAACGUGGGGCCUCUCUUUGUCACCCUCAUGCACCGCUUUCGGCCCGGCUUGCUGAAGGAGGUGGCUGUCAUCUACGUGGUCGUGUCUGUGGGUGUCUUGGCCUGCUUGCUCUUGGCCUUCCUCUGGAGCCACGUGUCUGUCAUCGCCGGGAGAACCCACAGCACUGCCUUCCUCGUCCUCACCUUCUUCCUAGCCUUGGUGGACUGCACCUCCUCCGUCACCUUCCUGCCCUUCAUGAUGCAGCUGGAGCCCCAGUACCUGACCACCUUCUUCAUAGGUGAAGGACUCAGUGGACUGAUCCCAGCUGUCAUCGCCCUGGGCCAGGGCUCUGGCAUCUCCAGCUGUGUCAAUGUCACUCACGUGGUCAACAUCACCACAGACAAUGGGACUGUGGAGGCCACCAUCUCCCAGAUGGAGACCCGCUACUUCCCAGCCAAUUUCUCCACCUUCUUCUUCUUCCUUUUCAUGACUAUAAUGAUGCUGGGCUGCUUGCUGGCCUUCUUCCUCCUCACCAGGCAGCCCAAGGUGUGGGAGCUCUCCCAUCAGCAGCUGUUUCCCAGCAGCAUCAUGCUGAGCUCAUUUGACCAGAUCCCUGAUGAAGGAGCUGGCUCACGGCUGAGCGGAGGCUGUGCGUGCCCAAAGGACACCAAGGGACGUGGGGACAUCCUCCCAGAGAAUGUCUAUUACUCCUUGGCCAAGCUCACCUUCAUCUACCUCCUCAUCGCUUGGGUGAGCACGCUGAUGAAUGGGGUCCUCCCAUCCGUGCAGUCCUACUCCUGCCUGCCCUAUGGCAAUACCGCCUACCACCUGGCAGCCACCCUCAGCUCCGUGGCCAACCCCCUCGCCUGCGUGGUGGCCAUGCUCCUGCCCAGCAGGUCCCUGGUCCUGCUGGGCACCCUCACCGUGGCAGGGAUGGGCUUUGCCUCCUACAACAUGGCCAUCGCCGUCAUGAGUCCCUGCCCGCUCCUCCAGCAGUCCCAGUGGGGCAGCGCCCUCAUCGUCCUCUCCUGGGUACUCUUCACCGGAACGCUCUCCUACGUGAAGGUGAUGGCCGGGGUGAUCCUGCGGAGCCGCAGCCACAGUGCACUGGUGUGGUACGGGGCCCUGGAGCAGCUGGGCUCCCUCCUGGGGGCCUUCCUCAUGUUCCCCCUCGUCAACAUCUACGCUUUCUUCAAAUCUGCUGACUACUGCAACCUGCAGUGCCCGGCCUGAGCGGGAUGGGCAACCCUGGACAGCCCUUGUCCCCAGCACCAACCCCCAAACCCAGCGAGGGACAGGGGGCUGGGAAGCAGUGCUGAGACCAGGGGUGCUAUGGGCUUAUCUCCCUGCUGGGCUCAGCUCGGUGGCUUUGUCCCCAGCUUGGGGCAUGGGGUGUCCCAGUGGUGUUUGAAGCAAUAGAAGGUUUUUGCUCA